AUGGCGCCGGUUGAGAGUCCUAUAAAACAGGAGCAGCUGCGCAAGCGCCGCAUAAAACAGGAGCAGCUGCGCAAGCGCCGCAAUAACCUGCUACGCCGUCACAAUGAUUUCUGGCGCUUGUAUUCAAUCAAAAGUUGGGUAGUAAUGGAAAUGCCGAACGGUCGCCUCUAUACCUACUAUUCUCACCCCGAUGUCGCUGUCCCAACUAAACAGGAAAUAACUCAACGUCGUCAGCCUGCGGUCCACAAAUCUCCACCCGACUAUGGCCCCUAUGAGUCGGCCAAUGAAGCAAUACCGAAGCUGCCAGCGAUUACUGUUUUGGGGCGUUGCAACGAACUAUGGAGUACUUUGUCACACUACAUAACAAGGUAG